ACCACAUCACGCGUGCGGCAUUUCUUCUCCACUGUUGGAGAGUGAAGAGAGAGACCCAAAUCCGCGCCGCAAAAUGGGGGCAAUCAGCGACCCAAACCAAGACGGCUCCGACGAGCAGCAGCGGCGCUCGGAAAUCUACACGUACGAAGCCCCAUGGCACAUCUACGCCAUGAACUGGAGCGUCCGCAAGGACAAGAAAUACCGCCUCGCCAUCUCCAGCCUCCUCGAGCAGUACCCUAACCGCGUCGAAAUCGUCCAGCUCGACGACUCCACCGGCGAGAUCCGCCCCGACCUCUCCUUCGACCACCCCUACCCCCCGACCAAGCUCAUCUUCGUCCCCGACAAGGACUGCCAGCGCCCCGAUCUCCUCGCCUCCUCCUCCGAUUUCCUCCGCCUCUGGCAAAUCUCCGAUUCCGACUCCCCCCGCCGCGUCGAGCUCAAGAGCCUCCUCAACAACAACCGCAACAGCGAAUUCUCCGGUCCGUUGACCUCCUUUGACUGGAACGAAGCAGAGCCGCGCCGGAUCGGGACCUCCAGCAUCGACACCACCUGCACGAUUUGGGACAUCGAGAAGGAGGUGGUGGAUACGCAGCUAAUCGCGCACGAUAAGGAGGUCUACGACAUCGCGUGGGGCGGCGUUGGCGUUUUCGCCUCGGUCUCCGCCGACGGCUCGGUUAGGGUUUUCGAUCUCCGCGAUAAGGAGCAUUCGACUAUAAUUUAUGAGAGCUCCGAGCCGGACACGCCGCUGGUGCGGCUGGGGUGGAAUAAGCAGGAUCCUAGAUACAUGGCGACCAUCAUAAUGGACAGCAGCAAGGUCGUGGUGUUGGAUAUUCGCUUCCCGACGCUGCCGGUGGUGGAGCUGCAGCGGCAUCAGGCCGGUGUGAAUGCGAUUGCAUGGGCUCCGCAUAGCUCCUGCCACAUUUGCACGGCGGGGGAUGAUUCGCAGGCUCUGAUUUGGGACCUCUCGUCGAUGGGGCAGCCGGUGGAGGGCGGAUUGGACCCGAUUCUGGCUUACACUGCCGGGGCGGAGAUUGAGCAGCUGCAGUGGUCGUAUUCGCAGCCUGAUUGGGUGGCGAUUGCGUUUUCGAACAAGCUACAGAUUUUGAGGUUAUAAAUGACGAAAAAUUAGGAGACAAUCAGAGCUGUGAGUGAAGGAACUUCCUCACAGAAACUCGAAAGAUGUCGUUACAUUAGAGCGUACUGGCUUGUGGAGUAAUGAUGCUUUGCUCAACGAUUCAAAAGUUCUUGGUAUUUUACAGUCCAGCAAGUUGAAGAAGGUGUAUUGUAGAUUAAGCAGUGCAACAGUGGUCUGUAAUUGAAGAAUGGCGGAUGAACAUGGCUGUAAGUUUCUUGCUGCCCCCACUGUUUAUUCGUGAAAAUCAGUUUAGUUUCCGAAUGAAGUAGUAAGCAUAUGGCGCCGUGUUAAGUCAUUCAUGUGCUGCAGCUAUAGUGUCAACUUCGUUGCUACUCUCUGCCACCUCUUUUUAUGCAAAAGCCCCUGUGUUAGGAGUAUAACUUAUGUAUGUAUACUGUUCUGGUUAUAUGAUUAACUUGAUAGAGAUAUGAUCAAUAACUUGAAAAUUAUCUGCACAUUUGAUGUCUCUUAAAACUAUUCUCUUCCUUAUCUUAUACCGGUAAAGCUUGGGACGUUGAAAGGCUAUUCUUGCAUGAUAUCCCGACAUAGAAGAGCGACAUCCUGGUUACUAGUACCAAAGGUCCAAAACUGUAUAAUAUUGGAAUAUUUUCCUAUCUUGCUUUCUGUCUUGUGUACUCAGAUUAUGUUAAGAUGAUACUUUGAUCAUUCUUAUAAAUACCAGUUUGUCUAA